UUUUUCAGGUGAGACGCAACCAGAGGAACAGGAAGUCCCCGCAGGACGCCGCAGGUCGGCAGCAGUUUCCCUCCAGGUUGAUCCAGUACCCGGCGCCGCCCUCUAAAGGCCGGAUCACGGUGACAACGGAGGACCUGGCCUGUCUGGGCACCGGCGAGUUCCUCAACGACGUCAUCAUCGACUUCUACCUCAAGUAUCUGGUUCUGGAGGGCGUGGGGGGUCCCGUGGCCGACAGAAGUCACAUCUUCAGCAGCUUCUUCUACAAACAGCUGAGCAGACAGCGGUCCGCCGGGGAGGACAGCGGCCCCUCUGUCCCCGAUCGAGACAUGAGGCAUCAGAGGGUUAAAACGUGGACUCGCAACGUUGACGUCUUCACCAAAGACUUCCUGUUUUUUCCCGUCAAUCAAGAAGCUCACUGGUUCCUGGUUCUGGUUUGUUUCCCGGGUCUGGAGGAAGUCCAGUACCAAGCGUUUCAAAGUCCAGCAGGAGGACCAGAACCAGCGGCUUCAUCCUUCAGUCUGAGAUCGCAGCAGCCUCCGCAGUGCACUCAGCAGAGCUGGCAGAGCGACACUGUGUUAAAGCGUCCGUGCAUCCUGGUCAUGGACUCCCUGAAGCUGUCGUACCACGAGAAUGUCUGCAGACUCCUCAGAGAGUGAGUUCACCUUC